AUGUCGACGAAGGAGGACGUGGAGAGCACGUCGAAUGACAACCGCUCGUAUGCUAGUUCGGUGCAGAGUUUCGCCGCCAAACACGAGAAUGCAAAUGAGGAUGCAGAACAACUAGACUCAUCCUCCCAGCUAUCGCGCCAUUUGAGUCGCUUGUUGUCGAAUGAAGCAGGCGUUGAAAGAAUAGCAUCUAUGGGGAGGGAGUUGGCAUCCAAGACCAAAGAACAAAUGGAAAAAUUCGAAGUUGACGGAUUGGAUUUUGAUCUGCGUCAACUGCUAAACUAUUUGAGGACACACCAACUAGAGCAAGGCAUUGAACCUGGUGACUCUGGUGUCGCUUUUAAAAGCAUAACGGCCGUAGGUGUUGAUGCCUCCGCGGCAUACGGACCAAGUGUUGAGGAAAUGCUGAGAGGUGCAGCAAAACUGCCUUUUCAUUUAUUUUCGUUGUUCAAAAAAAAAACCAAUGUGCCACUGAGAAAUGUUAUUCAAAACUGUACAGGUGUCGUUGAAUCGGGCGAAAUGCUAUUUGUUGUUGGUAGACCAGGAGCCGGUUGUUCCACGCUACUUAAAUGUUUGUCAGGUGAAACAAGUGAGUUGGUUGAGGUAAACGGAGAUUUUUCUUAUGAUGGGCUGGAUCAGAACGAAAUGAUGUCCAAAUACAAAGGAUACGUUAUCUAUUGUCCUGAAUUGGAUUUUCAUUUCCCAAAAAUUACCGUGAAGGAAACUAUUGACUUUGCAUUGAAAUGUAAGACACCUCGAGUGAGAAUUGAUAACAUGACGAGAAAGGAAUAUGUUGAUAAUAUCAGGGAUAUGUGGUGCACAGUUUUUGGUUUAAGACACACUUACUCCACAAAGGUUGGUAAUGACUUUGUUAGAGGUGUUUCUGGCGGAGAAAGAAAGCGUGUUUCAUUGGUGGAAGCUCAAGCAACUCAUGCUUCGAUUUUUUCAUGGGACAAUGCAACGAGAGGCUUGGAUGCUUCAACAGCCUUAGAAUUUGCCCAGGCGAUCAGAACUGCAACUAAUAUGAUGAACAAUUCUGCCAUAGUUGCCAUUUAUCAAGCGGGUGAAAAUAUUUACAAGUUAUUUGACAAGGCUACAGUUUUAUAUAAUGGAAGACAGAUUUUUUUCGGUCCAGCUAAUAAAGCUGUCGCCUAUUUUCAAAGGAUGGGUUGGAUCAAGCCCGAUAGAAUGACCUCAGCAGAAUUCUUGACGUCCGUUACUGUGGAUUUUGAAAACAGAACUUUGGAUAUUGCUCCCGGCUUUGAAGAUAAAAUUCCAAAAUCCGGUACAGAAUUUGAAGAAUACUGGUUAAACUCCGGUGAAUACCAAGAGGUUUUGAAAAGUUAUGAUGACUAUCAUGCGAGACAUCCAGCAGAGGAGACAAGAGAUAGAUUGGAAGUUGCAAGGAAACAAAGACAUCAAGUCGGACAACGGGAAAAAUCACAAUUCGUUGUUAAUUAUUGGACCCAAGUUUGGUAUUGUAUGAUUCGUGGUUUUCAGAGAGUUAAGGGCGAUCAAACGUAUACUAAAGUUUAUUUGAGUUCCUUUUUGAUUAAGGGUUUGAUUAUAGGCUCAAUGUUUCACAGAAUAGAUCCAAAAAGCUAUUCAACUACGGAGGGUGCUUACUCUCGUGGAGGUCUUCUAUUUUAUGUUUUGCUAUUUGCUGCUGUCACAUCUUUAGCUGAAAUUGCCAACUCUUUUUCCACUAGACCAGUCAUUGUCAAACAAAAGUCUUACUCGAUGUAUCAUAUUUCUGCUGAAUCGCUUCAAGCGAUUUUUACUGAAAUGCCAACUAAACUUGUUGCCGUUAUCAUUUUAUCUUUAGUCUCAUACUGGAUCCCUUAUCUAAAAUUUACAGCAGGUGCAUUCUUUCAGUACCUGCUUUAUUUAUUUACGGUUCAGCAGUGUACAUCGUUUAUUUUCAAACUCACUGCUACUAUGACUAAAGAUGGUGAAACAGCACACGCUGUUGGUGGGCUAUUCGUGCUAAUGCUUUGCACUUUUGCUGGAUUUGUUCUACCUAUUCCGGAAAUGCACCAUUGGAUUAGAUGGUUUCACUACCUGAACCCACUUACAUAUGGGUUUGAAAGUUUGAUGUCAACAGAAUUUCAUGGAAGACAGAUGAGGUGCAGUAACUUGGUGCCAAGCGGGCAUGGAUACGAAGAUGUAUCAAUAGCCAAUCAAGUCUGUAAUGCUGCCGGUGCAAUCAAAGGGCAGUUUUAUGUGAGCGGUGAUGCAUAUAUCAAACAACAGUAUCAUUUCAGUUAUAAUCACGCUUGGAGAAAUUGGGGUGUCAACGUUGUUUGGACAUUUGGCUAUAUCAUAUUUAAUGUUGUGCUCUCUGAAUACUUGAAACCUCUAGAAGGUGGUGGUGAUUUGCUAUUGUAUAAGAGAGGUCACAUGCCACAAUUUGGGACUGAAUCAGCGGAAGCUAAAACAGCUAGCAGAGAAGAAAUGAUGGAAGCACUAAAUGGCCCUGGCGUGGAUCUUAAGAAAGUAAUUGCUCAAAAAGAUGUUUUUACAUGGAACCAUCUCAACUACACAAUUCCAUACGAUGGCGCAACGAGACAGUUGUUGAGUGAUGUUUUCGGAUAUGUGAAACCCGGUAAGAUGACAGCCCUUAUGGGUGAAUCCGGUGCUGGUAAGACCACUUUAUUGAAUGUACUUGCUCAAAGAAUAAAUAUGGGCGUUAUUACUGGUGAUAUGCUUGUUAAUGCUCAAUCACUCCCUGCAUCUUUUAACAGGUCAUGCGGAUAUGUUGCACAAGCCGACAACCAUAUGGCUGAACUAUCUGUUAGAGAGUCUCUUAGAUUUGCAGCUGAAUUGAGACAAGCAGCCUCAACUCCAAUAGAGGAGAAAUAUGAAUACGUUGAAAAAAUAAUAAACUUACUAGGUAUGCAAAACUAUGCCGAAGCAUUGGUUGGUAAAACAGGAAGAGGUCUUAAUGUUGAGCAAAGAAAGAAAUUAUCUAUUGGUGUCGAGCUUGUCGCUAAACCAUCUUUAUUGUUAUUUUUGGAUGAGCCCACAUCUGGUCUGGAUUCACAGUCAGCUUGGUCCAUUGUUCAAUUCAUGAGAGCUUUGGCAGAUUCGGGACAGUCCAUUCUUUGUACCAUUCAUCAACCAUCUGCUACGUUAUUUGAGCAAUUUGAUAGAUUGCUAUUACUAAAAAAGGGUGGUAAAAUGGUUUACUUUGGUGACAUUGGUGAUAACUCACGUACUUUGCUAAACUACUUCGAGCGCCAGUCCAAUAUUAAGUGUGAGAAAACUGAAAACCCUGCUGAGUAUAUGCUAAAUUGUAUUGGAGCAGGCGCAACUGCCAACUCUAGUACUGACUGGCAUGAUUUAUGGUUGAAUUCCCCUGAAUGUGCCGCUGCUAGAAAUGAGAUAGAAGAACUUCACCGAGCGCUUCCAAAUAAAAUAGUAUCCGAUGAUCCCGAAAUGUCAACCAAAUUUGCAGCUUCCUACGGGUCCCAAAUGAAAGCUUUACUGAGAAGGACAUCGCUACAAUUCUGGAGAUCACCCAUCUAUAUUAGGGGAAAGUUUUUUGAGUGUGUUUCGUGUGCCUUAUUUGUUGGUUUGUCAUAUGUUGGUGUCAAUCACUCCAUCGGGGGUGCUCAGGAGGCGUUUUCAUCUGUUUUCAUGCUAUUACUGAUUUCUUUGGCUAUGAUAAACCAGCUUCACGUUUUUGCUUACGCAAGUAGAGAACUAUACGAAGUCAGGGAAGCUGCAUCGAACACGUUUCAUUGGAGUGCGCUGCUACUUAGCCAUUUUACUGUAGAGACAAUGUGGUCCUCGAUUUGUCAGUUCAUGUGCUUUGUUUGUUAUUACUGGCCAGCACAAUACAAUGGCCGAGCUUCUCAUGCAGGGUUCUUCUUUUUCUUUUAUGUUUUAGUCUUUCCAAUAUACUUUUGCUCAUAUGGUUUAUGGAUUUUGUACAUGUCUCCUGAUGUACCUUCUGCCUCAAUGAUCAAUUCGAAUAUCUUUGCUGCUAUGUUACUAUUUUGUGGUAUUUUGCAACCUAAGGAGAAAAUGCCUGCUUUCUGGCGAAGACUUAUGUACAACGUUUCGCCAUUCACGUACGUCGUCCAAGCCUUAGUCGGGCCACUAGUGCAUGGAAAGCCAGUAAUCUGUGCAUCAGAUGAGUUUAAUGUGAUGGAUCCUCCAGAAGGUCAAACGUGCGGUGAGUUUCUAAGCACCUUCAUGGAUAAUAAUCCAGGAUAUUUAGUCAAUCAUGAUGAUACUCAAAAUUGUAGAUAUUGUCCUUAUUCAUUUCAGGAUGAAGUUGUUGCGAGGUUCAAUGUCCGUUGGGGCCAAAGAUGGAGAAAUUUCGGUUUUAUGUGGGCAUAUAUCAUAUUCAAUCUUGUAGCAAUGUGCGUUUGCUACUAUAUCGCAAGAGUCAAAGUGUGGUCAUUAAAAUCUGUCUUAGAUAUCAAGGGUUUGUUCAAGAAGCCCAGAAAAGAGAGACAUGAAAAAGACACUACUAUUUUUCAAGAAAAGCCAGGUGAUAGUGAGAGGAUCAAAAAUUCUACGUAA